UUUGACCGUUGCAAAUUGUUGUUCUUAUUUUCAGGCUGUUCACAAAACGUCAUCUGGCCGAAGAGCUGCCACAUUGUACUGUGUGUGUAUGGAGUACGCAGCAGGUGGAGAACUAUAUUCAUUCAUAAAAAUACACCCUGAAAAUCGGUUGCCCGAAGAUCGGGCCCGUCCUUACAUUAGGCAGAUAAUAUCGGCCGUUCAUUAUUUACAUGAACGAGGUGUGGCCCAUCGGGAUUUAAAAAUGGAAAAUAUUAUGUUGGACGAGAAGAAAAAGAACAUCAAAAUUGUUGAUUUUGGGUUAAGCAAUACGUUUUCUAAAGACAACCUUAUGAAAACCCACUGCGGAUCACCAGAAUAUGCUGCACCAGAAUUAUUUAAUCCUUCCGAGAAAUAUGGGCCAGAAAUCGAUAUUUGGAGCUUGGGGAUAAUUUUCUAUACAAUGCUGGUGGGAAAACUACCUUUUACAACUCCAUCUUCUGACCAGUUUCGAAGAAGAGAAUUACAGUCGCAAAUUGAGAAAGGCCUUGUGAACUGUCAUUUUAAAGAAAUGAUGCAUUUAACACCAGAAUGCAAAGAACUAAUAAACAAACUAAUAGAACCAUCCCCAAGCUUACGUCUUCCGCUUAUGGAUGUCGAAAUCCACCCGUGGGUUACGUUAGAAGCAAAAUUUCCCUUCCACCCUUUCCAGUCGUUUCUCAAAGAUAAACAGAUGAAAAAUCAGGUGAGGCCUUCAUUCCAUACCCCAGGUGUCAUUUCUAUUUUGAUCGUUAAUUGAUUAAACUG